AAGGUGCAGUGUCUGCCCACUUUUGCCGCUGGACCUCUCUUUGAGACUUUGCUCCUAAAUUGCAAAGGCUCUGCAUUAUACCUCAGUGUUAAGUGAGUGAGCUGCUAAUACCUCGUGCAGCCGCCUCCAUAGCAUUUUCAAUAAUCCAAAGUUCAGGGGGAAAAAUUCAAGAGCAGAUUAUUUGCAUGAACAUGCAGCAGCAACUUUACCUACUUCCUUUUGACUGUUUUGGCCUUUUCAACUAUUUUACUUGACUGGAUGUUGCUGUGAGUGGUCUGAAGGAAAGGCGUUGGACACUGAGACAGCGUUCCUCUCUAUUUCUGCAGGUGCUCUGGGGAAUGUUCAUCAGUGCCAACAACAUAACGAGGAAUGCUGCUGGAUCUUAACAACUAGACCUCCUGGUGCAACUUGUGGAGCCCUGUAAAAGUAGAAUUGAUUAAUUAUUUUUUUUUUAAAUGGGGUUCGGUGACCUCCUGGAGCAGGUGGGCAGCACGGGCCGCUUCCAGAUCCUGCAUGUGACCCUGCUAUGUAUUCCGGUGCUGCUGAUGGCCAGUCACAACCUGCUACAGAACUUUGUGGCAGCCGUGCCUCCUCACUACUGCAGUGCGCACACAAACCUCUCUCAAUACCAGCUCAGCCCACAGGAAGUGCUGACAAUCACAGUGCCGCUGGACCAAGCGGGCAAGCAUCAGCGUUGUCGACGCUACGUUGCUCCACAGUGGCACCUUCUGGGCAGGAACGGCACCUUAAAAUCACAGGAGCAGGAAGAAUUUGAUGCUGACGUUGGCUUGCAGGGAUGUACUGAUGGAUGGUCCUAUAACAUGACAGAGAUGAGCUCCACUAUCAUAACUGAGUGGGAUUUGGUAUGUGAUCUGCGCUCUUUGAAGCAAAUGGGCCAAACCAUCUACAUGGGUGGUGUUCUUGUGGGAGCCAUUUUCUUGGGAAGUCCUGCAGACAAAUUUGGCCGCCGCAUCCUGCUGCUUAUUUCUCACCUGCUGAUGGCGGUGUCUGGGACGUGUGCUGCUUUCUCCACAUCCUUCCCCAUCUUCUGCCUGUGCCGCUUUGGUUGCGGAAUGGCUCUGUCGGGCCUGGGUCUCAACACCUUCUCACUCAUUGUGGAGUGGAUCCCCACCCGUGUGCGGACUGCAGUGGGGACUCUCACAGGUUACUGUUACACGUUGGGACAGUUAAUCCUGGCGCUCGUUGCUUACUUUGUUCGGGACUGGAGGUGGUUGACCUUGGCUGUGUCUUCGCCCUUCUACGUCUUCUUCAUCUAUGCAUGGUGGUUUCAUGAAUCUUCAAGAUGGCUGGUCAUCAGCAACAAGUAUGACCAGGCCAUCAAGAACCUAAAAAGUGUGGCAAAAAUGAACGGACGUCACGAAGAAGGAGACAAAAUUGACAUUCAAAUGCUGCAGGAGUCAAUGAAGAAAGAGAUGUCAUGCUCACAGGGAACCUACACAGUCUUGGAUCUGUUCCGCACUCCCACCAUGAGGAAGAUGACAGUCUGCCUCAGUGCUGUCUGGCUGUCAACAAGCUUUGCCUACUAUGGGCUAUCUAUGGAUCUCCAGAAAUUUGGGGUGGAUAUCUACUUAAUCCAAGUGAUCUUUGGCGCCGUGGACUUUCCUGCCAAGGUUGUCAUAACCGUGUCCAUGAGUUUUAUAGGACGACGUCCAUCCCAAAGUGGUGCAUUAAUCAUUGCAGGAGUCACCAUAUUGGCCAACCUGCUGGUACCUUAUGACCAACAGAUGGUGCGCACCUCUCUGGCUGUGGUUGGCAAAGGCUGCCUCGCUGCUUCCUUCAAUUGCUGUUACCUUUACGCUGGAGAGCUCUUCCCCACCAUAAUUCGCCAGAAUGGAAUGGGCUGGGUGUCAAUGACGGCCCGCGUCGGAGCGAUGGUGGCCCCCAUGGUGCUUCUGAGUGGCGACUACACACCUUGGUUGCCCGGUUUGAUUUACGGAGGAGCUCCCAUCAUUAGUGGCGUGGCUGCCAUAUUCCUUCCAGAGACGCUCGGAUCGCCACUUCCUGACACGAUACAAGACGUGGAGGACAGGGGUUCCGGGAGAAGCUGCGAAACAUCACCAAAGGAAGCAGUCAUUCUGCAAGACACCCAGGAAAAUCUCCUGAAGCAAGUUGCCUGAAGGCAUCAUGAUGUUGUAUACUGGAUUAGAUUGCAUGUUAAUGGAAUUCUUGUUUUACUGCUGUGAUAAAUAGAGGUGUGGCAAAGCCCCCUUUCUGAUUCCUUGUUUCUUUGCAUGUUUGUCACACUAAAUGUUUCAGAUCAUCAAACUAAUUGCAGUUUUUAAAUGAAACUUUUUAUUAUUAAAAGGAGAAAAAAAAUCCAAACCAACAUGGCCCUGUGUGAAAAAGUGAUUGUCCCCUAAACCUAAUAACUGGUCGGGCCACCCUUAGCAGCAACAACUGCAAUCCUGCGUUUGCAAUUAGACUUGCAAUUAGUACUCUUACAGCGCUGUGGAGGAAUUCUGGGCUGCUCAUCUUUGCAGAAUUGUUGUAAUUCAGCCACAUUGGGGAGUUUACCAGCAUGAAGCGCCUUUUUAAGGUCAUGCCACAGCAUCUCGAUAGGAUUCAAGUCAGGACUUUGACGAGGCCACUCCAAAGUCUUCAUUUUGUUCUUCUUCAGCCAUUCAGAGGUGGAAUUGCUGGUUUGUUUUGGAUCAUUGUCCUGCUGCAGAACCCAAGUUGGUUUCAACUUGAAGUCUUGAACAGGUGGGUGGACAUUCUCCUUCAGGAUUUUUUGGCAGGCAGCAGAAUUCAUGGUUCCAUUUAUAACAGCAAGUCUUCCAGGUCUUGAAGAAGCAAAACAGCCCCAGACCAUCACACUACCACCACCAUAUUUUACUGUUGGUAUGAUGUUCUUUCUGAAAUGCAGCGUUACUUUCACGGCAGAUGUAAUGGGACACACACACCUUCCAAAAAUGUUUUUCUCAUCAGACCUCAGGGUAUUUUCCCAAAGGUCUUUGGGAUCAUCAAGAUGUUUUCUGGCAAAAUGUUUUCGCCAGUUGUGGUAAAUGGCUCUCACUGUGGUUCGCUGGAGUCCCACAAUCUUAGAAAUUUCUUUAUAACCUUUUCUAGACUGAUAGACUCAAUUAAUCUCAGUUACGUUUUAACGGGGGGGACAAUUGCUUUUUCACACAAGGCCAUGUAGAUUUUUUUCUUCCUUAAUAAUAAAAAGUUUCAUUUAAAAACUGCAUUUUAUGUUCAAUUGUGUUGUCAUUGACUAAUAUUCAAAUUAGUUUGAUGAUCUGAAACAUUUAAGUGUGACAAACAUGCAAAAAACUAAGAACUCAAGAAGGGGCAAACACUUUCACAUCCCUGUAAAUAAGAGUUUCUUUUCCUGAGUCACAGCUGGAACAUUGAAACUAUGAUGCUAGUUUUAGAAAGGUCAACACGAUGAAGACAAUCAAUGUUGUUAUGGACUCACAAUGUUUUGUAUUUAAAAAAAAAAAAAAAUCAAAAGGAAGUUCUUUAUACCAUAAAAUACUCCUGCAGCCUAAAUGUCUAUGGUCUCUUGAACGAUUAACAUUUUGGUUGUACAUUGGUAAAGCUCACUCCCU